GGGCACCAAGUCACCAGGCACGACAGUGGGCUCUGAGUCAAUUGGCACGACAGCGGGCACCGGGUCAUCAGGUAUGACAGCAGGGACUGGGUCACCAGGCAUCAGGUCAUUUGGCUUGCCAGCGGGCACCGCGUCAUUUGGCAAGGCAGUGGGCACCGGGUCACCAGGCAUUGGAUCGUCUGGCUCGACAGCGGGCAUCGGGUCACCAGGUAUGACAGCGGGCACUGGGUCACCAGGCAUCAGGUCAUUUGGCUCGCUAGCGGGCACCGCGUCAUCUGGCAAGGCAGUGGACUCCGAGUCAACUGGUCUAAUAGGAUCAUCAGGCUGGAUCAGUUCAUCAUGCUGGGUAGAGGCAUCAGGCUGAGUGGAGGCAUCAGGCUGAGUAGAGGCAUCAGGCUGAGUAGAGGCAUCAGGCUGAAGAGAGGCAUCAGGCUGGGUACGGGCAUCAGGCUGGGUACGGGCAU